CAUUUUUGUGUCAACGAGUGCCCUGGAGAAUUCUUUUAUUUAAACCACAAGUCUUUAUAUCUUUAACAUAACAAUCAUUUAUUCUUUCUAAUAAUGAGUGGUGGUCAAUUGGCAAUAGCUGAUAAACCGGAAGGGGGUUAUUGUUCAGCGACUUGUAUCGACAAAGUUUGCUUACAAAACGAAAUCAAUAAACCUGAAAUAAAAACAUCUGAUUUGUACGCAACCUGUAAUCUACCGAAGAGAUUUGAACACCCUCAUUGGUUCAAUGGCUACGGAUGUCAGAAGAGCAACCAACAUCCAUUGUAUCGUACUACGUCCAGCGAGUACGGAUGGUAUCCACCUGGAGUGCACUCAGUAACUUCGGUGUUCCACCCCGCCGGUCAGAAGUUUACGAACCAUCUUUCGGCCGCCGGUAUGUAUCGCAACUACAGCCUCAACACUGGAAUGGAUCCUGUAGGGUACCCGUAAAAUUACGACAAAUAUUUGUAAUACUGUUAAACUUUUUGACAUUAUUGACAUUCGUUUUAAUAUUACUUUAAUUUUUAACUAAAUUUUAGAAUAUUAUACUAAUGUUUGGAUAAAGUAACUUGAGGAUUAUUAAUACUUUCGAUUUUUAAUAAUGUUAUUUCUAACUAAACUUUAAA